AUUUUUCAUAAACCAAUGGGAAACUCCAAGCCAUAAGUAAUAGAAUAACCAAAACCUAUUGAGCCUGUAGUAGUAGGAAAGCCGAAUCCUCCAGAAAACAAUAUUGAUGAUCCAGUAGGUGUUUGAUUAAAUUCGAUAGAUUAAAAAAGGUGACCCAGAAUUGGACCCUAUGGAACAAUAAGUGUAGACUGUUUUUGAUGAAUUAAUGUAAUCCAUAAAUGAAGUAAAAUUUCUUUAAUAUAAAAAGUUGGAUAAAGAUAUAGAAGAGAUGAUUAAAGAAUUAAGGGAAGGCUCGUAACAAUGAUUAUCAAAUAUAUAUAUAUAAAUUAAAUAGAAUAGAG